AUGGACACCCUCGAUGGCACUGAGUGGGAUGUACUGAUUGUCGGUACUGGCAUCCAACAAUCUCUUCUUGCACUGUCACUGUCUCGAUCUGACAAGAAAAUCUUGCACAUCGACCCAAAUCCCUACUAUGGAGGUGUCGAAGCUGCCUUUGCCUUGAAAGAGGCAGAGGAGUUUGUCACCCGUCACCAAGGCUCUGGACGGUCGAUUCAGAAUGCCAAGCUGGCACUCUCUCCCUCUCUCGGAGAAGAUGCAGAAACAAAGCUUGCGCCAUCAAGGUCAUAUAGCUUAGCACUCGCGCCUCAACUCCUAUACACGCAAUCCGCUCUUCUCCCGGCCCUCGUCACUUCGAGAUUACAUACGCAACUCGACUUCCUCGCUGUCGGCAGUUGGUGGGUGUACUCAUCGAAAGAUGGAGGUAACCCAUCACAAGCAGACGAAGGUGCGACGGGGUUUGAGGAACGGCAUCCUCGUUCCACUUUGACAAAGGUGCCUGCCGGGCGAGAAGAUGUGUUUGCCGACAAGACCGUUGACAUCCGGUCUAAGCGGUCAUUGAUGAAGUUUCUUCGCUUUGUCGGUGAAUAUGAAAAGGAGGAGGAGGCCUGGCAGCCCUUCUCCGAUGCACCAUUUCAGCAUUUUCUUCAAGAGCACUUCCACGUCCCUUCCGUCGUUCAGGCACCAUUGAUGGCUCUGACAAUGUCUCAAAAGCCAUCGGAAGAGACGCGGACUGAUUUCGCGCUGCCUAGGAUUGCACGGCAUCUACGCUCGAUUGGUCUUUUCGGCCCUGGGUUUGGUGCCGUGUUGCCUAAAUGGGGUGGGCUCUCUGAAAUUGCUCAGGUUGCUUGUCGAGCUUGUGCGGUUGGUGGAGGCGUCUAUGUCCUUGGGAAGGGACUUGCCGGCGCGCCAGACCAGGCUGCAAACUCUACGGAUCCUCAACUCUCAUUGAAAUUGACCGGAGAAGAUACCGUGCGUUCGAGGAUUGUUGUUGGCAGCCAGGAAGGUUUGACUUCAGUUCUACCGCCAUCAGCGAUGCAGGCUCGAGAGGGAUCUACCAUUUCAGUUGUGUCACGGUCAAUUUCGAUCGUGUCUUCCAGCCUCUCGGAUCUGUUCCCACCAUUUGCGGAAGGAUCGCCGCCUCCUGCCGGUGCUGUGGUGGUAUUGCCUUCAGGAUCCUUUAGUACCACCGAUGACCAGGAUCCCGAACAAGGUAACCAGCCUCCGGUCCAUAUCUUGAUUCAUUCCAGUGAGUCAGGAGAAUGCCCAUACGGACAAAGUGUUCUUUAUGCGAGUGUUGAUGGAGCGGGUAAUGAGGAAACGCUGAAACAUGCGGUCGCCUCUCUACUUGAUCCGGUGCAAGAGGAGUCUACCUCGAAAGUUUUGUGGUCGAUGUACUUUGAGCACAAGUAUCAUCAACCUGUUCAGGAUGCGGUGGACGCGGGGAAGGAUGACCGCGUGCUAGUUAUUCCCGAGACGCCCCAGGAUCUCACGUUUGAUGAUUCGAUCCUUGAUAGCGUUAAAGAAAUCUGGCAAAAGGUCAUGGGUCCCGAUGUGACCGACUUUCUAGUGUUUGAGGAGCGGGAGAGCAAUCUCGACGAUGACGAUGAAGAGGUCUAA